GUUGGAGUUCAGAUGUGCGCUCCCGGGAUAGGCUGCCCCGGAGAGGGAGAGGCGGGGUCGGGUGUGUCACGUGGACCUGCUCCCGCCGCAGCUGCCGCCGCCGCCGUCGUCUUUCUCUGUCUCGGCUGAGGCAGCCAUCUUGCUGUUGCCGCGUGCUGGUGUUGGAGGACCCUCCCUGCUUCAGAUUUACCAACAGCAUGAAUCAAGAAAAGUUAGCCAAACUUCAGGCUCAGGUCCGGAUAGGGGGCAAGGGUACAGCUCGCAGAAAGAAGAAGGUGGUACACAGAACAGCCACAGCUGAUGACAAAAAGCUUCAGAGUUCUCUAAAAAAACUGGCUGUGAAUAAUAUAGCUGGUAUUGAAGAGUCUUGGACAGUAAAGCACCAAAACCAGAAGACAUUGAUGAGGAGGAUGAUGAUGUUCCAGAUCUUGUAGAAAAUUUUGAUGAGGCAUCAAAGAAUGAAGCUAACUAAAAGUUUGGUUUUUGGAAGCUGGCAUGGACUAGAUUUAACAAAUCAGCUAUGUGGUUCCAAAGUUUUACAGACACAGAGAACAUCACCUGUUACUAGUUCAGUAAUAUAAAUAUUUUGUAUAUUAAUAAUGCUGUUUGUUCAGCAUUUUUCGGUCAUUUGAUUUUGCAUUUUGCACUUCCUCCCAGGAUAUUUUUUUGGUCAAAAUAUGAAGUAUUGGUGCAGUUUGAGGGUGUUUUGUUUUUUUGAUUCCUGGUUUUUUUGUUUUUUGUUUGGGGUAUUUUUGGUGUAUGUAUGUUUAUGUGUGUGUGUGGGUAUGUGUGUAUACAGUGGAGAGCAAAUUGGAAAACAGUUCUAUUUAUCCUCCUCCCUCCCCAGUAGAAAUAAAAAAAAAAUCUUUACAUUUGUUACUUUUCUUUUCCCCCAUAAGGCACAGAAUUAAUGGAAAUUGAGUGUCUUGGAUUUCAGAUCUGAAGAGAUUUUUACCAUUAGUGAUUUGAUUUUAAUUUGCUUGGUUAACUAUCAUAUUUUUCAUAUACUUCUCUGGGUUUAAAAUGUCUUGGAGGUAUUUUGCCACUGGCUUCAUGCUGGAGUAAUGGGUAACAUAUCUUUGGUAUGGUUACCUUAGAUUCACUUACCUAGUCAGACCCAGAAGAACUUCUCUUACUAGCUUGCUUCCUAAAUGCCUUUUUCCCUCUCCUUUUGGUCUCCAAAUGGCCUGGUCAGCUUUUGGUAAUAUUCUUCCUCAUCUUCCACCUAGCUUGAGAAGGAUGUUCUCCAUAUAGAGUUAAGCGAGUGCCUAAUCCCUCCUUUUGUAAGAUUUUGUUCCCUCAUCUUGAGGAACAACAACUUCAUCUUCAACUUUUUAUUUCCCCCCAAUUUUACAGUUCGGUA